AUGAAGCUUCUCACCAUCGCCAGCCUCCUCCAGGCAGCAGCCUUCACCACCACGGCGGCAUACCCCAUCACGGGCGACGGCGUCAACUGCCGCUCGGGGCCGGGCACCAGCUACGCAGUCAAGAAGUCCUACGCCAGAGGCACCGACGUCGCGGUGACGUGCCAGACGGCCGGCGAGUCGAUCAACGGCAACGCCAUCUGGGACAAGACGUCGGACGGGUGCUUCGUGACCGACUACUACGUCAAGACGGGCAGCGACGGCUACGUGGCGACCAAGUGCUCUUCCUCCGGAAGCUCAACGAUUCCAGGCCCCGUGGCCAACGACUACCCGUACAAGUCGUCGUGCGGCGGCGUCGACCCGUGGCGCUACUACAAGUGCCAGUGCACCAGCUUCGUAGCCUUCCGCAUCAACAGGCGGCUGGGCAUCGACUUCACCAACACGUACAAGGGCCACGCCUGGGGAAACGCCGACUCGUGGGACGACGCCGCCCGCGCCUCGGGCGUCACCGUCAACAGCACCCCCAAGCCCGGAUCCAUCGCCCACACUAAUGCAGGCUCCGCCGGCCACGUCGCCUGGGUCGCUGCCGUCGGCGACGACACCGUCACCGUCGAGGAGUACAACUGGGCCACCGCCAAGGGCUACGGUAAGCGCACUGUGUCCAAGGGCACCUUUAGCUACAUCCAUAUCAAGGUCUAG